UGUGUGGCCACAUCCAAUUUAUAGCUUCCGGACAUCCAAUUUGCGCGGAAAUUCAAUUCGCCGGUUUUUACCAUGGCGCUUCUGCAGCUUUGCGGCACAGGGCCACGUCUCCUCCCUUCCCGCCACCGCUUCCCGGUCAGCGGCGUCAUUGACCGCCGGAUCAUCGUUACAGCUAGAAAGACGAAGUUCGAAUUCGCUAACUUGUCUUUGAAGUAUCGAUUUGCUGCUACUGCUCGUUUUGCUCCUUUGAGAUGCGCUUCCGUCAAUGGCUAUUCGACUGAGAACGGAACGGGGAAGGUAGAUGAUGACGGAGCACUGGGAGAGGAUAAGGAUGAGAUGCACCAACGGAUUCGAAGUUUCAUCGAGUUCCUGCCGUCAAUUCUACCCGGAGGGAACUGGUGGAGCUUAUCCGAUGACGUGGACGUGAAACUCGUGGCGGAGCCGGUGACCGUGUGGAAGGCGCUAGAGCGGAUGUGGCAGCUGGUGGCUCGGGACCGUUGGGUCAUCAUCGCCGCUUUCUCCGCCCUAAUUUUGGCUGCGGUGUCGGAGAUCUCCAUACCGCAUUACUUGACGGCGUCGAUUUUCACGGCGCAGAGCGCCGACGUUGCGACGUUCCACCGGAACGUAAGGCUGCUGGUUCUGCUCUGCGUUACUUCAGGGAUAUGCAGUGGGUUAAGAGGUUGCUGCUUUGGCAUUGCGAAUAUGAUCCUUGUGAAGCGGAUGAGAGAAACUCUUUAUUCUUCUCUUCUUCUUCAGGAUAUUUCAUUUUUCGACAAUGAAACAGUUGGUGAUCUGACGAGCAGGCUUGGAUCGGAUUGCCAACAAGUUUCUCGGGUUAUUGGGAAUGAUCUUAACCUAAUCUUGCGGAACGUUGUGCAGGGUACGGGUGCAUUGACCUACUUGCUGAUCCUGUCUAGGCCGCUUGGUCUGUUUACAGUAUUCAUAUGCUCAGCUUUGGCAGCUGUAAUGACAGUCUAUGGCAUAUGUUUAUGUCAUAGUGAUGGCUAUAUGACCUUGGCUAUUUAUGUUGUUAUUAGGUAUCAGAAGAAGGCAGCAAGACUAACCCAAGAGUUUACAGCUUCUGCUAAUAACGUGGCUCAAGAGACAUUUUCUUUGAUUAGGACAGUUCGUGUUUAUGGAACUGAAAAACUAGAACGUGAAAGGUACAAUUUGUGGCUGGACAAAUUGGCUGAUAUCAGUCUGAAGCAGAGUGCUGCAUAUGGAUUUUGGAACUUGAGCUUCAACACACUUUAUCACUCUACUCAGGUCAUUGCUGUGUUAUUAGGAGGAAUGUCUAUUCUUGCUGGUCAUCUUACAGCGGAGAAACUCACGAAGUUCAUAUUAUACAGCGAAUGGCUAAUAUUUUCUACGUGGUGGGUGGGAGAUAAUUUAUCAUCUCUCAUGCAAUCUGUUGGGGCUAGUGAAAAGGUCUUCAAAAUGAUGGAUCUCUUGCCAAGUGACCAGUUCACCACAAAAGGCAAGCUAUUUUCUUGCAUCAAUUUUUGGAUUCAUGUUUGUAUGAUAGAAAGAUCACAACUACAAAAGCUGAAGGGAAGCAUAGAAUUCAAGAACAUAUCUUUCCAUUAUCCUUCUAGAGAGUCAGUGCAGGUACUGCAACAUGUAAACCUUACCGUACAUCCUGGGGAAGUGGUUGCAAUCGUUGGUCUUAGUGGUAGUGGGAAAAGCACUCUGGUGAACUUGUUGCUCCGCCUCUAUGAGCCAACAAGUGGGCAGAUUUUGAUUGAUGGCAUUCCCCUUCAAGAACUGGACAUCAGAUGGUUUAGGGAAAGAAUUGGUUAUGUUGGCCAGGAACCCAAACUCUUCCGCAUGGAUCUGAGUUCAAACAUAAGUUACGGAUGUCCAGGAGAUGUAACCCAGGAGGAAAUCGAGCAUGCUGCUAAGGAGGCAUAUGCUCACGACUUCAUCUCUUCCUUGCCUGAUGGAUACAAAACAAUUGUUGAUGAUGAUUUGCUCAGCGGAGGUCAGAAGCAAAGAAUUGCUAUCGCUCGAGCUAUUCUCAGGGACCCUACGAUUUUGAUCCUUGAUGAAGCCACUAGUGCACUGGACGCAGAGAGUGAGCACAAUGUCAAGGGAGUCAUUCGUUCCCUUAGAAGUGUCUCGAUGUCAAGGAGAACUGUCAUAGUGAUCGCCCAUAGGCUCUCAACCAUACAAGCUGCUGAUCGCAUUGUCGUUAUGGGUAAUGGUCAAGUUAUCGAGAUGGGGAGACACAAGGAAUUGCUGCUUAAAGAUGGACUGUAUGCUCAAUUAACCAGACGACAAGCGGACGCAGUGGCCUAAUUUUAAGUUGUGCAGAUUACUCCUUUGGUACACAGGUAUAGCAAUUUCGGAAGUAAAUGUAAAAUGUGUUGAACAUGAGAAGCGCAAUUUUCGCUAAAGGAAUGUGAGGGAUCCAAUUUGUAUCCUUUGGUUCCUCUCCGAAAAACAUUAAUCAAUCAUUCAUUGUUCAUACUAUACGAGGGACUCAGUUUGUGUCUCCUGGGUGGUUUGAUUGCACAUAACCUUCCAAUCUAGCGAGCAACUAUCAUCAUUGUCUG